AUGGAGGGCAAAAAAUCGAUAAUUGGAGUCAUUUUGACCAACAACAAGAAGAAUUCCUCAAAACAAGUCGAAGCUGAUUAUUCUACAAGAACAGGGACUGUUGUUAACAAUGAGAUACAAUCGGACGCUACUGCUAAAUCUUUGGUUCGCAAAUUGGACAUUCGUAUCAUUCCCUGCUUAUCUGCGUUAUACUGCUUUGCUUAUCUUGCACGAGGAAAUAUAGGAAAUGCACACUUGACAACAUUCGACAAAGAUUUACAUCUUAGCGAAGCUGAAUAUCACAUAUCACUCACCACGUUUUAUCUUGGUUAUCUUUUAUUUCAGCUUCCAUUUUCUCUAUUGAUGAAAUGUUUCAGACCAUCUUAUAUAUUAGCGGGUACUAUGGUCAUAUUUGGAGUCUUCUCAUUGUCUGUUGCAGGAGCAACGGACGCCACAUCUUUGAUUGUAUUGCGAUUUUUCUUGGGAGUCUUUGAGGCUGGAAUUGGCCCAGGAGUUCCCCUCUAUCUAUCAUUUUGGUACGAACGCGACGAGAUGGCAAAAAGGGUCUCGGCUUAUUUUUCGUUUUCUACAAUCGCUGGAGCUUUGGGUGGUCUCGUGGCUUACGCUACAUUUACAACUUUACAACACACCCUUGGUCUAAAAUCAUGGCAAUGGUUAUUCAUCAUUGAAGGAGUACCUACCAUUUUAAUGGGUCUGCUUAGCUUCUUCAUUCUCCCCGACUAUCCAGCAUCAGCAAGUCCAAAAUGGCUUACUGAGGAUGAGAAAGCUCUUGCUAUUGACCGAAUGCAAGGGAAUAUAAGUCGUCGAGACGAAGGGUUUGAUAUUAAACAAUUCAAGGACGCUAUCGUUGAUUACAAAAACUGGAUGACAGCCCUGAUUUCACUUGGUCUACAUGUCCCGCUGACAAGUUUCCUAUUUUUCUUGCCAACGUUCAUCCAAUCUAUGGGCUUUUCAACCAUGACAUCACAACUUAUGACCAUUCCACCUUACUUGGCAGCCUUCGUAGCCAUACUGAUCGCAUCAAGCAGUGCCGACAGAACAAUGCAGCGUGGAUUGCAUAUCUUUGUCUUGAGUGGCAUUGCAGCGUUCGGUUAUGUCCUUGCAUUUAUUCCAUCUAUUUGGGGCAAAUACAUAGGAAUAGUCUUGACUGGCAUGGGUGUAUAUGGAGCUCUGCCGAUAAUACUGAUGCUGUUUGAAAAGCUGAUGGCAUGGACUGCAGAUAAUCAAUAUGGACACACAAAACGAGCAACUGGAUUGGCUUUAACCAACAUGAUAGGACAGAGCUUCAGUAUGCUAGGGACCCAGAUAUAUCACAAGGAUGAUGCUCCAGAUUAUGCUAAAGGCCAUCUCAUAUGCUUCACGUUUACCUUGAUUGCCGGCGCAGCAGCAUUAACACUACGAACUUUGCUACAGCGAGCAAACAACUCUGCUGACGAUCAAGUCUACGACGAAGACGAGGAUGCAAAGGACUUCGAUCGACCCAAAUACAUUAUCUAACCAUAUACUAAAACGCUUACUGAUUCAUCGCUCGAGUACACAUUUUCGUUGGGCGCAGAAUUGCAGGACCAAUCACUUAAC